AUUGAUCUAUCAAGUAUGAUAAAUAGAUCGGGCGCUCGUAGGUGCUGUUGCUCAAAAAGCUGCUGCUACAAGAAUUGGGUUAGUCACCCCCAAUAUAUAAAUAACAAAGAAAAAAACAAUUAGCAGCGCUGAUAGGUAAUAUAGUAUAAAAUAUAAUAGGAGGAUUGGCACCUACGAGCGCCCGAUCUAUUUAUCAUACUUGAUAGAUCAAUCCUUUUGCUACUACACAUAGUCUCGAUUGGGCAGCAUGGGCUGUUUCUCAAACUUUUCGGACAGACUCAAUAGGCGACAGGGUUAUCUCUCUAAAUGGGAGACCCCUUUUACAAAUAAAGCGGAAAGCCGUGAUGAUUUAAAGGAAGACUUCUUUAAAUUAGAAGACCUUCUAAAAUCAGAAGUAAGACAUUGGUUGGACACGAUCAAUAUGCAGAAAUACAUUGACAGAAAAAUCAUACCGAGGGGUCUUAGGUUGUCUAAACCCUCUAUUUUUCAUGAUAAUGUGGAGUACCAAAAACGAUGGGACUCUACACUUGAUCGGUGUUCAUUAACCCUUAUGGGAAUUGUAAUUGAUUAUAGGACAGAGAAACUAAAAAUAAUAGAAUCAGAGAUUGGAAACUUAAAGGAGAAACUUGAGCCACAUAGUCAAAGCAGCGAAUUUAAAGAGAGAGACAUGGCAGUUACAGAGAGAGUAAAUAAAUUUGAGCAGACAAUUUUAGAGACCAAGUGUAAAAAGUUCCAGAGAGAUGUGGAAGACUAUAGAACAGACAAUGUAAGAACCUUUAAACAAUUUAAAAACUCUAAUUUUAGAGAACCACCUAACAACUAUAAUAAAUCUGUCUCACAAUAUAGACCAGACAGAAGAGGUCGAGUAGAUACUCCAAGAUCCCAACAGAGGAUGAGGAGAUACUACAAUAAAGAUCCCCAAGAAAGAUUUGAACAUAGAUCACCCACUAAGAAAGUAGAUGUAGGAAUUUCUCCCACACCUAAGAAUAGUGAUCUCGGAGCAAGGCCUAAAUCACAUCCUGACAGCUCCCUGACUACUAGCAGUUUUUUAGAGCAGCGAAAGAGAAGAUUACAGGAUCAGGACAGGGAGUGGCAAAAAGAAACAGGGAGAAAAAGAAGAAAUAUCAGUUUCGAGGAAGAAGAGGAGGAAAGAAGGAGGCCAGUAAGAAACUAAAAAGGAGUAAGAAGGCUACACAUAAAAAGUGCAUUUUUAAUUUGUCUACAAAGAAACUGACAGAUAAUGAAAUUCAAGUCCUUAAUAAGGGACUUAAAUUCUCCCCUUCAGCACCUCCUAAUAUGUUUACCCUUUUUGUAGAACUGAACCGCUUUGUUCGGACUUUAUGCAGAAAAAAGUUUUUUGCUAAACAAAAAUUAUUGAAGAAUGCUGAUGAAGCCUUUCCCAUUGUUCUUGAUGGAGAAGAUACUCUAGCUUUAGAGGCCCUUACAGACCUUUUAGAAGAAAAUACUAGUGAUGUCCCCUUAAAAACCCAACCAUUAUUUAAUAUUAAUGGGAGAAAAGAACUGAGGAUAAAAUCUGAAUUCUAUCCAAUUAAAACAAAGGGGUCAAGUAUUGACAGCUUUUAUAAAACGACCCUGGAAGAUUUUAAAAUUUUGUGUUCUAAAACCACCAAUUCGCAGAAAUCAGAUAACCUCAACAAAUGGGAGAGAAAAGCCCUGCAUAGGCUAACGAAAGAUAGCUCAAUUAUAAUCAAGCAAGCUGAUAAGGGGGGGGGGACUUGUCUUACAAGAUAGAUCUGACUACAUUAAGGAGGCAAACAGGCAGUUAAAGGAUGUCAAGUUUUAUAAAAUCCUUACAAAGGAUCCUACCUCUGAAUAUCUCUCCGAGCUAUACGGCCUUCUUGAUGGGGCAGCUUGUAACAAUCUGAUCUCCAGGGAAGAAUUUAGAUUUCUAUAUAAUUCACACCCAACAGUCCCCACCUAUUAUCACCUUCCUAAAAUUCACAAGUCACUCAUUGCACCCCCUGGUCGUCCCAUAAUUUCCGGUAUAGGUUCCCUCACAUCUAAUCUUUCUCACUACGUAGAUAUUUUUUUACAGCCACGAGUUUCUAUGCUCAAGUCACAUAUUAAGGACACAACUCACUUUUUGAACUUGAUUAAAGAUGUUAAAUGGAAAGACACUUAUGGUUUCCUCACUCUUGACGUUCAAAGUCUAUACACCAAUAUCCCACACGAUCUAGGUAUUAAGGCAAUAGCCAAUAAACUCACCAACGAUGGAGAUCUUACUAUUCCACAUCAGCAGUUCAUUUUGGACUCAAUACUAUUCAUAUUAACACACAAUCACUUUUUGUUUUUGGAUGAGCACUAUCUUCAGGUGAUGGGUACGGCCAUGGGAACCAGGUUCGCGCCCAGCUACGCCAAUCUCUACAUGGGUGAGGUCGAGGACCUGCUCGUGUGGGGUGGCGGCUUCGGCGCGAGCCUGGUUCUCUAUGGCCGAUACAUAGAUGACUUGUUUAUUAUUUGGGAUGGUGAUGCGGAUUCAGUUUUAUCGUUUGUCACUCACUUAAAUUCCAACUCGUAUAAUUUAUCGUUCACUCACUCUUAUCACCCUCACAAGACGAAUUUUCUUGAUAUUUCCCUCGAGAUCAGAGAUAAUCAAAUAUCGACUACUAAUUUCAUUAAAGAUGUGGGUACUGACUCAUAUUUACAUUUUAAGAGCAGUCAUUAUAUACCCUGGAAAAAAAGCAUCCCAAAGAGCCAACUAUUACGACUCAGGAGGAACUGUUCAGAUCUCACCUCCUUUGACAAUCAAGCAAGAUCUAUGUCGGAGGCAUUUCUUAACAGAGGUUAUCCAGCUGAACUUAUUAGAACAUCCCUUGCAGAAGUUAGAAAUAAAGACAGGAAUGAAUUAUUAAAAAUUAAAACUAAGGAAGAAAGAAAAGGAGAUAAAAUAGAUGAGGUAGCAUUCAUCUCUACUUUUAAUAGGUCACAUUCAGAAAUUAAGAAGAUUGUUUCCAAAAAUUUUGGGAUCCUUAAACAUGAUCCUCAAUUAUCCACUAUAUUAACCUCCGAACCAAGGUUCAUUUUCCGCAAGAGUAAGUCCCUGAAAAAUAUACUGGCUCCUAGUCACCUUAAGAACAUCAAAGAAAGUGGAGAAGAAGGUACUACUAAAGGGGACUGGCUAAAAAAUUAUCAACAACCUAGAACAAAGGGCUGUCACAAAUGUGGGAUGAAUAGAUGUAUAACUUGUAACCACAUAUUAAAUCGAACAAAGAAGAUCUCUCCAAAUAAUACAGAAGAGACCUCAUUUGAAAUUAGCAGUUUUAUUAACUGUAAUACAUCGUAUGCCAUAUACAUGUUAAUAAGUGGAUGUGGGAAAAAAUAUAUAGGUCGCACAACCAGACCCCUUAAAACUAGAUUUCUAGAACAUAGGAGGAAUAUCCUAAAAAGAAUACAAACACAUAGUGUCUCCAAACACUACGAUAUAGCUCACAAUGGAGAUCCAAAGUGUUUAAGAGUAGUAGGGCUCGAAUCUGUACCUCAUACCUCAAG